GUUUAUUAAGUUUCCAGGUCAGACAGGCCACAACAAAGCCCCAAUACCAAACAUGAUGGUCAUAUAGAGUUGUUGUAUUGAUGCCUGAGCUUCAAGGCAGAAGAGAGGAGCUGCAUGAGUGAAUUCGUGUCUCCCCAGAGGGUGGAGGCUUUCUGCAAAAGCUGCAGGUUUCCCCUCAUCUUCUGUUGUCUCUGCGUCAAAUGAUGCGUCGGCGCCUUCACUAUAAAAGCACCUGUCCUGGCCAGACAUCACUCGCAUCUCACUCUCUCUCUCACACACACUCUCACCCUCACACACUCCUGAACUCCACACACUCUCCCGUACAGAGCAGUGGGACCGGACACCGCCGAGGUAAAGGAAACAUGAGUUACUCCAGCGAAAUUUACAACAGCAGCUCCUAUCGGAAGAUCUUCGGAGAUGCCCCCCGAUCCGGCCGCGUGGGUCUCGGCAGCAGCAGCAGCCCGUCCCGCCUGCACUCUGCGGGAUACCGCAGUAGCCACCGCACCUAUGGUUCCCCCUCCGUGAUGUCUUCCACCACCUACCGCAGAACAGCGGCGCCCGGCCGCGUCUUCUCCUCCAUGCCGGACUCCAUGAUGGACCUGACCCAGUCCACCGCGGUCACCAAUGAGCUCAAGAUCAUCCGCACCAACGAGAAGGAGCAGCUGCAGGGCCUCAACGACCGCUUCGUGUCCUUCAUUGAAAAAGUGCACAACCUGGAGCAGCAGAACAAAGUCCUGGAGGCGGAGGUCACGCUGCUGCGCCAGCGCCACAGCGAGCCAUCCCGCCUGCACGAGCUGUACGAACAGGAGAUCCGCGAGCUGCGGGCGCGCGUGGAGGAACUGACGCACGAGAAGAGCCAGAUGCACCUGGACUGCGUGCAGAUGAACGAGACGCUGGAGCGCGUGAGGGAGAAGCUGGAUGAGGAGACCAGGCUGCGCGAGGAGGCGGAGAACACCCUGAAGGGCUACCGGAAGGACGUGGACGACGCCACACUGGCACGUCUGGAGCUGGAGAAGAAAGUUGAGUCACUGCUGGACGAGAUCGCCUUCCUCAGGAAAGUUCAUGAGGAGGAGCUCCAGGAGCUGCAGACGUCCCUGCAGGCCACACAGGUGUCAGUGGAGAUGGACAUGAGUAAACCGGACCUGGCCGCCGCCCUGAAGGACAUCCGGGCUCAGUACGAGAACCUGUCCUCCAGGAACCAGGUCCAGGCAGAGGAGUGGUACCGCUCCAAGUUUGCCAGCGUGACCGAGGCGGCUGCCCGCAACCAGGACGCCAUCAAGCAUUCCAAGGAGGAGCUGAGUGAGUACCGCAGGCAGGUGCAGGCCCGCACCUUGGAGAUCGAGGCCCUCAGGGGCCACAACGAGGCUCUGGAGAGGCAGAUUGCCGAGAUGGAGGAUCGCCAUAACAAUGAAGUUGGUGAGAUGCAGGACACCAUCCAGCAGCUGGAGGGUGCUCUCCGCAGCACCAAGGGAGAGAUGUCCCGUCAUCUGCGUGAGUACCAGGACCUACUGAACGUCAAGAUGGCGCUGGACAUUGAGAUCGCUGCCUACAGGAAGCUGCUGGAAGGCGAGGAGUGCCGCCUCAGCUCUGUUGGUGGAGCCAUGGUCCAGUCGGGCUACCCCGGCUUCUCCUACAUGUCAGCCCGAACCUACACCCUGGGCGCCUACAGGAAGUCCAGUGCCAAGCCUGAGGAGGAGGAAGAGGAGGCAGAAGAGGAGGAGAAGGAGGAGGAGGAGGGAGAGGAGGGAGAAGAUGAGGGAGAAGAGGGAGAUGAGGGAGACGAGGGAGAAGAGGGAGAGGAGGGAGAUGACCAGGACGAGGGCGAGGAGGAGGAGGAAGAGGAGGAGGAAGAGGAGGAGAAGCCAAAGGAGAAAGAGGAGAAGGAGAAGAAGAGCCCUAACGGCAAGACCAGCAAGAGCUAAACUGCUUGUGUCAUCGUCAUCAUCAUCAUCAAUAACACAUUCCACCUCCCACCAAUCACUCGUAUGGAUCUGGUUACUGAUCACAUAAUCUGUCUCACACACACACACACACACACACACACACACACACACACACACACACACACACAGAAACACACACUCUUCUGCACACUCCAGAUGCCUCACUCACACCUUCUGUGUUUUCUGUCUCUGUUUGCUCUGUAACUCAGAAGUGAUUAGUUCAAAGCGUAUUAGACAGAGAAGGAGCUUUAGGAGGGAGUAGAUGUCUUACAAAGGCAGACGGGUUCAAAACGUCAUGAUUUUACAUCACAUCAGUGCAGACAGACGUGCGGAAAGCUGAGCAUGAUGCCACCAAGUCUCAUAAUGAUUUCUCCUCACACAAGCAACAGUAAAUGUGCCAUCGACGAUCAAUAUUCACAGUAAGAGCAAUCAAUAAUACCUUGAAAGUAACAAUUACGUCAGCACACAGACUUUAAGAUAAAUGCACAGAUCUUGGAGCAUGUGAAACAGCAAGUCCAACUUUUACGGUGCUAUUUGAUUUUUACAUUUAAAAGUUGGGGAGUAAAGAUUUUAUCGCAGAACAAAGCUCCACCAGCUCAAAAUGUCAGGAUGUUUAACGGAACAAAAAGCUUCUAUUUGAACUGUAAGUCGGACCCCACCUUUUAACAUACAGUAGCAGGCGAAUGCUUUCCACUCCCCUCUUUUCUUCAACUCCUCUCCAUUACUCUCCACUUAGUUCUACAUCUCAUCCCACCACGACAAAAUGAAAUGUACCACUAACCAUUUCUAGCCCCUCUCCCAUUCUGUUUUGUUCCCUGCAGCGUCACAGCACGGCAAUAACGGCAACUCGGAGCUCAGAAAAACUGUAUAUACAAAUGUGUUGGGAGGGUGGGUGGUAUUUUCAGUGGCUGGGAGGGAGGAGUGCUGCAGCUUCUCCACCAGGAAGUGCAUCUUUGGGAAUGAAAAGUAUAGAGUUUAAAUUGCUGCUAUAUAUAUAAAUAUAUAUAUUUUGGGAAUAUGAAUUAUCCCCCCUUUGAUUGAUUCAUUUGUCAAGGAAUUUCUCACCUGUCAAUAUUAAGUAUCUAUAAUUAAAUCCACUUCUUAACUUUAUUUCCCUUCAUUUUCAAAGAAAAACAACCCUUAUUAUUGUUUCUCCUCCUCCACAAACAUGGUGGUGCUUUUGUUUAAUUUAGCUUGACACAGGAAACAAGGUGGAGGUGAGCGUGGCUGUCGGUGUCAGUACAGCUGGCGGUGACACUGACAGCCCUCAGCUCAGACUGCAAGUGGCAGGUGGGGCACAUGUCGCCGGGGUCAUGGUUAUAUGGUACAGAGUCGCAUAUAAGGGCUAUUUUCACCAUAACUCUUUCUAUCACUUUGCCCUGAACUGUCUGCAUUGCCAUCGUUCAUCAUUUCACAGACGUUUGAUUUUUUUUCUUGACAAAUGAAUCGACCAACAGGCAUGAAUGCAUGGCCUGACUCUUGGAGCUUGAAUAUCUAAAGGAUGGGGUAGAUUUUUUUGCUUGUUGUGUGUUCAGUUAAAAAAAUAAAUAAAAUAAAAUUGCCUUAACCAUGACUGAAAGUUAAAAUAAAACAUGAUUUCACCUGCAUCUCACUUGUUUCUGGGGAGGCUGAGGAGUGCUAACACUUUCCAGACCGUUCUGCUAUACAACUGUGACUGUAUGUGCUGCUAUCUCAUGCAGUGAUAUUCCUCUCAAAGCCAAAUAAAAACAUUUAUUAACCAAA